GAAAGAGGUAAAGAAGAAGAUGGAUAAAUCAAGGAACUUGUAUGACCUGCAAGAACUGCUGGACACGACGAUUAUCGCAAACAGCGGGAAUCUGAAAGGGUUCGAGAAGUAUGUAGAUGUGGCUCUGAGAUGCGUGGAGCCAGAGGGAGUUGAUAGGCCAACAAUGAGUGAGGUGGUGCAAGAAAUUGAGAGCGUAUUGCGGCUUGUGGGAUUAAACCCUAAUGCCGAUUCAGCAACAUAUGAGGAAGCAUCUGGUGAUCCUUACGGUAGGGAUUCGUUUGAGUACACUGGGAUUUUCCCAGCUCCAAAACCCUAAUGCAAUGAUUGAUAUAUUUCUUCUUUCUCUGUUUUUUUUUGGUUAUUUUGUAAGUGACUUUACAACUUAAAUUGCCUUGUGAAUGUGUGUACUAGCAUGAUUUGAUUUUGAUAUAUGUUGUUUUGUGGUCACUGCUUAUAAAGUGUAAGCAAGAUC